AGCUCGGCAUGGUGAACAUGAGAAACAAGCGUAUUCUUCAUGUUCGCCUGCCGAGCUGAAAAGUCCCUUUUCAGAAUGCCUUGCACAGUGCUGCCCCAGAACAUUUCGCACUGGGUCGAUGUAAAUCUGGGUAAAGGGUCACUUAGCCCAAGGUCUUUCUGGGGAGGCGACUUUGUGCACGCGACUUCGUUACGAUUGUUCCGGCUCGAGGCCGUACACCUAUAAAGGGAGAUAGAGUCGCCUCCUAUCGCCUAUCGAGCACUGAAUGAGCCCGUGAAAAGUGAAAGGCCCACUUCUCGACGAGUUCAUUUCACUUCGCUUGAUUACACGACCGCUCUCUUCAGUCACUGCAUUAACCUCCGGAGAAGCCAAGCUUCUCGGAGAUUUCUUCACUUCAGCUCAUUGUCCUCGGGAGAACUUGGAAGGACUCUCAUCACAUCUUGCUUGCCUAAAUUUGGCUUGCAAGACCUUCCGUGAGCCUGCGUGAGCUCAUAUAUUGACUAAUAUAGGAAGGCUCCAAUGGCUUCCGCCAAGUUCCUGAUUUUCGCCGCCGCAAGUUUAUGCAUAGCUACGAUGAAUAUCAAUGUAGCUGACGCAGGGUGUGGGGACUUCGUCAGCAGUUGCAGAGCUCCUUUCGAGCAUUCGCAAGGAUUUUUUAAAGCCACCUGUAUAACCGAUAGCGGCAGAUGGGUGGUGGCUUCCAUUAAUCUCGCUCCCCAUAUAGGAAACGUGAACGGAAAUAUGGUCGGCGGUAGUGACUACGAAGAAUCGUGCGAAAGCCUGGGAAUCAUCCGCUCCUCCUCGGACUUGAUCGUUACCGCUCGCUGCAAGAAAUUCGACGGUACAUUAAGAGACACCGGCUUCGAUGUAAAUAGGAGGAUCAGCAACAACAACGGGAGGCUCGUAUUUAAUAACUGCUGAUAAAGACGAUCCUUCCUCGACACCUCUUUUCUUCAAUCUUCUGAUCCAGGAGCAGAAAAUUAAGAUCGAGGUGACGGUAAGUGGUACGCGUAGUCCCCACCUUACAAAUCAUGGGUUACUGGUUCAGUAAUCUUCAGCACACAUCAGAUCACGUCAGUCAGUGGUCCAGUCAGAAUUCAGGCGAUGUUUCAACUUCACUUCACUUAACAGACGCAGGAGCUAAUUGCAAUUUGGUGGCAUUGCCAAGCAGUUAGUUGUACAAAUAGGACCUGGAUCUCCAACAGAUUAGAGCUCGUCUGGAAACUGUCAUGUAAUCGUACUGCAUGUGCGUUAGAGCGCGUGCAGAAACACACUCUCCACGGUCUUCGACCAAUUCUAGACACUGAUACAGCAUGACAAGAUGAGAAGGAACAUCGAGCAUCAUCCUCCUUUGAGAUCCUUCGUCACGAUUGUCGAAUCGAACUACAGAUUUCUGAUUUACCUUCCUUUGAGCUUUACAGAUGAAACAGCGCAGCAUCUGAGCUCAGCAUGUGGUGUGACUACCUUCUGAGAGGUUACUCAACCUCUCAAUCUCUACGAUUGAGAACUUUUUCCAAUCUUGGACCACGAUCAUUACCUUACAUGUCCAAGUGUACUCCGCG